AUGCGGCAAACUCAGCCUGAACCCGCGGGCUGGGAAGACUCGGUCACUGUCCGCGCCCAAUCAGGUCUCCCAAAAGGCCGGGGAGGCUCCGAACACGAUACGAACCAGGACGAUCAGGACGAGCAGGACGAUCGGGAUGAAUCUCAAUAUGGGCGACAAGACACAGUAACAUCCAGCACAACUGGUUCUCAACCUGCUGUAACCCCGCGAAAGCCUCUUGUCAAGCGGGGAAAGGAUCGGAAACCUAGGACAGUGACUUCCAAAAAGACUGUCGCAAGGAAAGCAGAACGUGACGAGGCUCUGGCGGUGGUGAAUUACUCUCAAAGUCCAUCGCUGCUCUUGGAACCUGAUGCCGACGAGCCCUAUCCUCUUCUCCCAUCAGCACUUCCGAAUGGGCUGGUCAAACGACACCUGCAUAACCUCCCUGACGUUCUUGCGAAGCUGGUAUCCAAAGCUGCGCUGACCGGGAAGUAUGGAAGAUCCUUUGCCAGCAAUGUCAUGGCGUCGCUCUCCCAGCACCCAGCACAACUCCACGCCAUGAUCUUCGCGGUCAUGGUGCAUGACCGCAUACAACAGGGGAUCAGUAACCCGACAGCCACAGAGUUGAUGGUCGGCACAGAAGCCAUCCGCCACUUGAAUACGGAAAUCAGCGACCCGGACCCCAAACGAGCCUUGUCAGAUUCCAACAUCUGGGCCGUCCUGGUGCUUGCAUACUCUGGCCGCGAAGAUAGAAUUAGGUCGGGGCCAAGUUACCCGCGGCAGUCCUUUUUGAGAGAGCUACAGUCAAUUCAUAUCUAUCUGAAGAUGGAGAUUGUCAUUGAGCAUGUCCUUGGCCUUAUCAAAAUGAUGGACCUACUUGGGAACUUGCACAAGAUCAAGACACCCGGGAUCGCUCCGAUAGUCUCUUGGUGCGGUAUCAUGGGCGCAUGCCGCAGUAUUGGGAGACCCAUCUUUCCCUUUAUAUCCCACACGGCCACCUUCGUCCGCGGAGAUGGUCGUCUCUCUAUAACCAACCACGAGCGUGACGCCGUUGCUGCUGACCUAGGCACCCUAGGCACGGGCUUCUGGCAAGUCUGGAGCCCCAAACCUUCCGCGCCGAGCUACCUCGACGAUCUGCUGACAGUCAUCCGCGACAUCUGCGACUUCACGGUUGUGGUCGAGAACCACGCGAGUGGGAGGUGGAUGCCACGGACGUCUCCCGAGAUCAUCGACCAGAGAAACUUCGUUCAGCACAAGCUGAUGUCGCUGUGGUCAGCGGAGGAGCUUCUCACCGCCAGGGACGUUGCCGUCGACGACCUGCAAUACGAGACCUGCCGGUUAGCGUGCAUCAUCUACUCUUUCAUCGUCGUCUUUCCCGUCCCGCCGGUGGUGGGACCCUUUGAGACUUUAAUUGACAGGAUCAAGCGUGCCCUGCAGGCCACCGAGUGGAAGAACUUUGACCCUCCGAGGCUGAGGUUGCAUUUGUGGAUCCUGGCCAUGGGUGCGAUCGGCUCGAUAGGGCUGCCUGAUCGUCCUUGGUUCCUGCUACGGAUCAUGGAAGUGUUGGACGAGUUCGACAUAAAGGGAUGGAAGGACCUGAAGGUUUUGUUGCAGUCGUUCUUAUGGCAUCCUCGGACGAGCGAUCCCGACGGCCUCGAUAUUUGGAAGGCGGUUCAGCAUGGACUUGAUGUGCUAGAUGAGCUAUGA